AUGGCUGAGAUUGCAUUUAUGUCAGUUGAUCCUGACAAUGAGACCUCUGGUCAAUAUGAGGCGAAUGAAGAGGAUAGUUCUAAUGAGUCCGCACAAGCAGAUGAGCACAUUCCAAAAAUGAAGGAGAUCGAAGAGCAUAUUAACAACUAUUCUGAAGCGCUACAACCUGGGACAGAGGUUUUGGAAAUCUGCGGCGAGACCGUUAACCCCCACAAAAAAGUUAAUGCUGAGGAUUUUCAGGUACUAAAAGUUAUCGGAAAAGGGGGCUAUGGAACGGUCUAUCUCGUUCAAAAAGCUACCAAAAGCCCUGAUAAGGACAAGUUUUAUGCCAUGAAGGUUCUGAAAAAAGCCAAACUUAUCCGUAACGAAAAGAAUACUAUGCAUACCCUCUCUGAAAGAAAUAUCUUGCAAAUGCUCAAGCACCCAUUUCUAGUGAGGCUCCACUACGCUUUUCAAAACCGUUCAAACCUCUAUAUCGUGCUAGAAUAUUGUCCUGGAGGAGAAUUAUUUAGAUAUUUGGAGACAGAAUGCUUUCUCAUGGAGGAUGCCGCGUGUUUCUACAUAUCCGAAAUUGCUCUUGCCAUCGGUCAUUUACACUCACUUGGCAUUAUUUACCGCGAUUUAAAGCCGGAAAACAUUCUUCUUGACAAGGAUGGUCAUGUAAAGCUAACCGAUUUUGGUUUAUCUAAGGAAGGAGUUUGCACAACGAAUACAUUUUGUGGGACAAUUGAGUAUAUGGCCCCUGAAAUUAUUCGCUGUGCCGGACACGGUAGGGCGGUUGACUGGUGGAGCCUUGGAACACUUCUGUUCGACAUGCUUUCUGGUGGCGGUGUAAACUGGGAUGAUGUAUACAACCGAAAAAUGGAGCCGCCGUUUAAGCCAGAACUUGCCUCUGACUCCGAUGUGUCCAUGUUUGAUCCCAGUUUCACUGGAAUGAAACCCAUUGUCAGCCCAGGCAACACCGACGAUACAAUUCCUGUCGACCUCUUCCAGGGCUUCUCUUUCGUUGCUUCAAGCGUAGUUGAACCGCCUCGGGCAAUCAUUCCCGACCUCUCCCGUCUUCGUUCCGGUCCGAGGAGUCUAAUGUUCAAGAUUUUGUUACCUUGCAGUCGUUUGUACCGUGGACUGGGUGCUUCUCCGGCGCCUGGAAGUAUUGUGACUUCUUCGCUGGCGCAAGUUCCUGAGGUGCCCCCGAAUGAACAGAUGGAUUUCGAUACUCCGCCAGCUUCAGAAUUAUGCGGUGUGGAUUUGCGCGAUUUCGCCAGCCCUACUCGACCGAUUCAAACACUGAAUGGCGUCGGCAGCGGCCUUAGCCGCUUGUGCGAAGACGAGGACGAGGACAACAUACCUGGGGCCCAGGCGAUCCGUACGGCGGGCGGCGGCGGUGGUGGUGGAGGUCCAUCCCGAAACGUCCCCGCUCCCGCCGCCAAGCCCCCACCACCAAGUCCUACGUCGCCUACAGCCACGCUCUCGCCUUCCACCGCAAAGAAUGGCCCGCGCAGGCUGGCUGACACGAAGCCCUGCUCUUAUCCCAACCUCCUCAUAACACGCAGCGGUGAACCUAACGUCCCAAAUGGCCAUCCAUCCUCUGGCAACCUCACUACUCCAACCAAUCAAGAUUCGUGCAGCGCUGCCAGUGGAAACUCAUCGACAGCAAGUUUUGCCCGUUCUAAGUCACAUCACCACCAUCACUCUCAUCAUCAGGUCUCCAAUGGCGGCAACGGAAAAGAUGGCAAGUGCUCCGUCAUGUGA